AUGAACUUUCGAACUUCAACAGAAAAUGUUAUAACUUUAGGUGUACAGUACAACAUUGGGCACACGGUGCUCAAAUGGGUGUACAGCGAUGAAAUCGAUUCCAAGCUUGGAGACGGCUUCAUGUUGGAUGUUAUGAAGACCGCCCACCGAUUCAAACUCGCCCUUGUCGAAAAGUGCGAAGAAAUUUUAAUCGCCAGGCUGGACAGGACGAACUGCCUUCGGUUUUAUAAAGAGUCAGAAGAGAUCUGCGCCAACACACUGAAAUCUAAAGCUUCGCAGUUCAUAACCAGUUUCUGGGAAGAGUUCACGAGCGAAGAUUUCGAAGCGAUGUCCGCUCCGCUUAUGUACAAAUUUUUAAAAUCAAAGGUCGAUUUGCCGUUGCAUAAUGCCAUCAGGCUUAAACGCGAGGACGUCGUCUUUCUUUUCUUAACCGAAUAUCAGUCGCAGUUGACCGCGAAAAUAAACGAACGCAAUAACGAAGAUCUGUGUCCUCUGGCACUAGCGCUGCAAACCAAGCAGAUUCACAUGGCCGAGACGAUCGUUUGUCACGGCGCGGACGUGAAUUCCAGCGACUCCAAGGGCAGGACGCUGCUAAUAAAAUUUCUACUAGCAGGUAAGAUUGCAGUUCAACUAAAUAUAUUAGGAAAUCAAAUAAUAAUAUAAUA